AUGGAAAACAUAGAUAGUUUGCUCAAAUGGGCCAAUGACAACGGUGCUAAUAUUUCCUCAAAUAUUGAAUUCAAAGAAAUCAGUCCAUGUAAUUAUGGAGCUAUCCUGACGUCCGUUGGAGAAGUGUCCAUAAAAAUUCCAAAAGAGUUGGUAAUCACCUGUGACAAGGCGGCAGAAUUGUUUAAAGAUGCAUACGAGAAUGCAAAUCACGUCUCCUUGUUGAAAAUAUAUCUUUGUUAUUUGCAACCCCAAGAGAGCUUCUACAAGCCGUACUUGAACUCACUACCUACACUUCAGGCAAUUGACUCCCCAUACACUUGGUCAUCCCAAGACAAGGCGUACCUCAAAGGCACCAACUUGGGGAACUCUCUAAGGGAAAAUAUCGCUUCUUUAGUGGAAGAAUGGUGGAGUGCAGUCAACCUCCUACCGGAAAAUGUUGCGAAACCAGAGCUGCAUUUCGUCAAUAUGAAGUUUUAUUAUGAAAGCAAAUUUUACAAUGACGAUGACUAUUAUAAAUACUUCGGCGAGAUUGAUAUCAACAACUGGACCAGCUUUCCUAAUUAUCUUUGGGCGUCGCUUAUCCUUAAAAGUAGAGCUUUCCCAGCAUACAUUAUUGAUCCUAGCAUCCCCAAGAACGAGCCUAUGUUGUUGCCGGUUGUUGAUUUGUUGAAUCAUAAUCCAAAGGCUAAAGUUGAAUGGAGCCGCGCAGGUACUGGGUUUCUUUUCCAAACAAAGGAUGUCAACCAAGGUCAAGAAAUCUUCAACAACUAUGGCCAAAAGGGGAACGAGGAGUUGUUGUUAGCAUAUGGGUUUGCCAUAGAGAACAACCCCGCCGACUCUGCUGCAUUAAAGAUAAAAAUUCCAGAAUCCAGGAUGAAUGUGGUUAAAGGUUUGGGGAUUGAGUUACCAUCGAUUAACGAUUAUACAAAUUCCGUGAUUGAGCAGGCUUCUGGUGCAGAGGAAGAGCACCAAGGAGAUGGAGUGCUUUUCUACAUUAAUCAAGAACAAAUUCCAAAUAGCUUGAUACAAUUAUUUCAAGCCCUCGUACAGAACCAGUGGGAAUCUGGAUUUACAUUGCGAAUGCAGUUAGCUGGAUUGAACCAUCUCAGAGCGGCAUUCGAGACAAAGAAGGGAAUAUUGACUUUGAAUGUCCCUAGUGACACAAUCAAGCACAAGUAUAUCCGUUGGUACAUUGAAUCACAGAGUGCAAUCUUUGCAGCUGCGAUUAAAGGUAUCAAGAGACAAGAGAAGCAAAUUCUUGGUGAGUACAAAUCUGAGUUGCUUUCAUUGAAAAGCGUUUACAAGAACGACAUCAAGUUUCAGCAAUCGCUACUCUUUUUAGGAUUUGGUUCUUAUGAGUCCAUUUUGGAGUCUGAAUUCCAAGAUCAAUGUUGGCUCUUAUGGUUGGUCCGCUGUUACAAUAAGCCCCACUAUAAUGACGACAUUCUAUGCCAAUGGAUACACGACCUAUUCGUGCAUCUCAGAAAAGUCACAGACAUCUCAGCCCAAGAAGUCUUAAACUUUAAACCAAUACAUGAUGCAAUUAUUCCUGACUUAGCCAAAGCGGUGCCCGAGAUAUACGGAACUGGAGAGUGGUCGGUCGCUGAAUUUAUUAUUGCUGGUAAGCUACUAGACUUAAUUUCCUUCACACGUGGUAAAGAGCAAGAAUGUAUCAUUGUACAUCAAAAUUAUAAAACAUAG